UGGAGGCGGCGGCGGCGGCGGUGGAGGUGGCGGCGGCCUGAGCUCGAGCUCCGGGCGACAUGUGCGGCUUCGAUAAAGUGAGUGGCCCCCGGCAGUUGAUGACGAAGGGCAUUGCGCUGAUUUUUAUUGGGCACAUCAACUUUAUCAUUGGCGCAAUUGUCCAUGGUACAGUCCUCAGGCACAUUUCAAAGCCCAAGGACCAUUUGACUAUAGAGUAUUCAGUGGCCAACAUAUUUUCUGUCAUCUCUGGUUUAUUGAGUAUUGCAACUGGAAUAAUUGCUAUCUUAGUCUCCAGAAACCUCCUCAAAAUAAAGCUGCACUGGGGGCUGAUGUUAAGCUCUUUGCUAAAUGCGUUGAUGUCUUUGGCUUGCACGGCUGGACUAUUUCUCGCUGUUGUGCUAACGAUAUCUCAAGGAGGCAGGAACCUGAUUUCUGGUUGCAAUUCUACAAUGGUGCCAGCUAAUCCCAGCAAAUCAAUGAUGAUGAACAACUGUCCCUUUGAUACAACCCGAAUCUAUGACACCACACUGUCCUUAUGGAUCCCAUCGAUAGUGCUGUCAAUAGUGGAGGGAAUCCUCUCCAUAUUAUGCUUUGUGGUGUCAAUGAUUCUUCGUGGGAUUGGCCCCUGUGCACAGAAUGACAUGGUGGACCGGAUCAAGGAGGAAGAUCCAACGAAAGGGAAGAAAUACAGAGAACUGGAAACUUACAAACUCAUCACUGGCAGCCGAGAAAUCCAGCUGUAGAAACGUGGAUUUUGGCUGAUCCACCAAAUGUUUCCAGCAUUCUGUUCACACUUCAGAUUUGCAGCAAAUUUUCAUGUCUGUACAGAUUUUUGAGUUUAAUUGUUAAUGAUGGUUCUUGAAAAAACAAUACAGGUACUACAUUAGAAAUUUUUAAAGGGGAUAAUAGGUUUUUAAUGAAUAUCUAUUAAAAUAUCUAUUGGUUUCCUUGUACUCUUUUUAAACAUUUUUUAAAUAAUCCUUGGAUUAGACAUUGCGGUCAUUAAAGUCCAAGAAUCAAACAUCAGCAUGGCUAUUCAAGUAUUAAUUCUUUAAAUCGCUGUUACUUUGAAGCCUAUGAAUGCCUCUAAUAUUGAUCUUUGAUGAAUUACCAUUGUAUUUUAUAGAUUUUUGUCUGUAAUUUUGUGAGUUAGUUUCCUUCCCUAUCCUCAUUAAUUCCACAUCUUUCUCCCCUAACUUUUCUUGCUCCCCUACACCCCAUUAUAUAUUUUUCCCAUUGUGUGUUAAAGCAGAAUUUGUGGUGUUCCUGUUGUGGUAUUUAUCUUUCGUAAUCACAGCAACAUUUGCUGUGGUACUUGCUUAGUAGGGCAAAUGUAAUUAAACUGCAGUAAUUUGGAAUAUUUUCAGUUGUCAGGGAACUAGUGUGGCAUUCUUAGUGCUGAGUUAAGAUGGCAAGAAUUGUUUCCAAUUAUUGAGAUUCCUCCUUGGUGUUGGGGAUUUUGUCUUUAUUGCAAGAAACAUAGAUUACCUGGGGAAGUGGUCCUCAUUGUAAUUGUAUAAGGGUUUGGGGAAACUAAACCUGGUGGGGUAAGUAACGUUUGGUCUCUGCACCUUGGCGUCAGUGUGGUAUCGAUUCACUGGUUUCCUGGGAUGAGAAGAAUUCGACUCUACAGGUAGAAUUAAUCUGUGAUCUAAUGGAGCUAACUUCUAUGGGGGAUUGAUGUGGUUCAUCUGGGACGCCCUAAAAUUAUUCCUUUUAAGAAAAGUUAAUGAGUCACCCUGCUGGAGCAUUGGGCUUGCAUGAGGGAGUUAUUAAGAAGUGAAGUGGAUGAACAGGUUUCUGGGAUUCAUGUCUGCUGAUUUGGAUAAUCAAGGUGGGUAAAAUAAUUCCAGGGCUAGGGAGGAGAAAUGAACGCAUCUGGGCGGGGUGGUGAAAAGUGUACAUACAACAGUUCCACUUCAUCACAGACUUAGAGCAAAGAGUAAAACGUUUCCAAAGAUGAUGCCCAAGUUGUGAGGUUUAUUUGACUUUAUGAAAUUUAAUUUAAAGACAGCCUUUUAUACAAAGCAGAAGCAGGUAUUAAAUGUUGGUUCUGUUUACUUUUUUGUUGCGCAUGUACUGUUAAUACAAGUCAUUGUAUGCCUAUAUUGUAUUAAAUGUCACUGUUUUAUUAUCUUUCAAAUAAAGUUUGCUGAUAGAUU